CUCACUGUGAGUUGUUUUUUAACUCUUCAAUCUUUUGAGAAUUCUUCAAAGUCAUUUUCGUAAUUUCGAGAGAAAUCCAACAUCAAGCUUGAAAUGGUCAUUUGUGCAACAAGUGCUUUACGUGGGGGCACAACAGUCAUUUCACCUAUUUGGCAUAUCAAAAAAAAAAUAAAAAAAUUCACCUAUUUGAAACUGUGUUCAUUCCAAUGCCCGCCAUUUCGAUUAAGUUAUCAAGGAUUUGGAGAGCCUUUGAGCUUUUCAGCGUUUGGUCCAUUUGCUACGACUGCUUUUUACUUGCUACAGAGCAACACAAGUGAACUUUCUAUAACUGGCACAAUCAUUUUCGCAUUGCUCCUAGUUGGCUUCACAACAACUCUAAUCCUCUUUUGUAGUCACUUCCAUCAGGUAAACGGAGAUAGAGCUGUCAGAAAAAUGUCCCCUCUGAUAAGUGUUAGGCUUGGCACGGAAACAGGGUCAAAGCUGGUGAAAGUGGCUAUAUUCACACUUUAUUUGCUUUUGCUUGUUUUUGGUCUUUGCAGAGCCCUCCCUUUUACUUGCAUUUUUCUCUGUGCCCUAACCUUGCCCAUUGGAAAACUAGUCGUCAACUACGUUGAGCAGAACCACAAGGACAAAAUGAAGAUCUUUAUGGAAAAGUAUUACUGUGUGAGAUUGCAUGCUUUAUUCGGUGCUGCUUUGGCAGCUGGACUGGUAGCAACCAGAACCAUCGCUGGAAAAUAUGUUGACAUGAUGGUUUUUCUCUGAUUUUCCACUCCAUAGAUUUCAAAAUUUUCCUGGUGAGCA